AUGUCUACCCGCGCCAACGAGUUCAUCGCCGAGACGCUGGCUCAAUACACCCCCCGUGCCGCGAACUAUGACCUCUCACAUGGUGGUUGGCACGUGGAACUGGGCCGAGAUUUUGUCACCUGGUUGCCUCCUCCCAAGGGCGGUGCAGUACUUGACCUCGCAUGUGGUACUGGUUUAGUCACAUUACCUCAAGCUGAGGCGGUCGGAUCUGGUGGCAUCAUCGUCGCCGUCGACAUCACUGAGGCGAUGCUCAACGAAGCCAAGCGGAAGCCGCUCCCCGUGGGAAGCGCAGAGGUGAAAUGGGUGUUGGGAGACAUCACCGACCUUUCGUCCUUGGAGGAAGUCCAAAGGGUGGUGAAGGAAAGGGGAGGAUUUGACGUUAUUUCGUGUUGUUCGGCGUUCGUCUUGCUUGAGGAUCCCGCAAAGGCCAUCAGACACUGGGUCACCCUUUUGAAGCCCGGAACCGGAAGAUUGAUCGUUGACGUGCCCACAGAGGAUCGUAAUUUGCAGUACCUGCUCAACUACCCACUCCGGCGCGCGUUGGGGAAGUCCAUGGUCUACGAUUUCGACUGGAUACAAGGUAUCCAGACCAUACAGGACCUAUUCAAGGAUGCCGGGCUGGAGAUAGAAAAGUCCUUUCGCACCAGGAGCUACAUCCCUGAGCAGUGGUACGGCGCGGAUCAGGCAAUGGAGGCACUCGAAGGAAAGACCAGUCGAAGCGGGUUGUGGAAGAGUCUUUUCGACGGCCUCGAGUCCGAGGGAGGGACAGAAGCCGUGGAGAAAGCCAGGACAGCAUGGGCGCGCAUUUGGCAAGACCACUUGAACAAGGAUGGCAAAUUGUGGGACGGACACGCUUUGUAUGUUUCGAUAGGAAGGAGGGGAGAGUGA